CCAAGCUCACAGCCCAGCCCUAACGACACGGCCAAAUUCCGCGGCAGGCUUCCAGAAAGGAAAAAACCGCUUCACUGCGGCGCUUGAACGUUCCACUCCUCAACUCGCACUCCCACCGCGGCAGCAGCCAACCGCCGACCGCCAUGGGCUUCCCCGGCGGCGAACCUCCUCCGCUACCGUUGCCGACGCUCGUUAAGCUCGGCCGCGUGAUCACGGCGCAGCAUGUGGACCGAAUGCUCGCCGCGCUCCUCCGUCGCCGCAGGCACCGUCUCGUCGGCGGCCUCGCCUCUCAGGCGCUGGCCAACUCCCUGCGCCCCACCGCCCGCACCCAGCUCCUUGCUGCCUCCGCGCUGCUUGACUCCGCCCAACCCCAUGACGCAGCUCGGCAUCUCGCGCUCGCCGGGUCGGCCUCCUCAUCUCGUCGCCUCUGGGACGCGCUGCUCCGUCGGGCCUGCGCCCAGCGUGGCGACCCUCGCCUUGCGCUGGAGCUGCUCUCCGCUGGUGUAGAGGAUCACGGAGCUGUCCUUUCCCCGUCCACCUAUCGUGCGAUUAUAUCUGAGUUGUGUGCCCGCGGGGACAUGGCCGGGGCGCUCAAGGUGUUCGACAUAAUGACCGCUAGGGGGUGUCAGGUGGACGACCGUGUUUGUAGUGUGAUCAUUUCUGGCUUCUCCAAGGCCAGGAAGGCCGAGGCUGGCUUGGAGUUCUACGAUAGAGUGAGGAAGGAGGUCAGAGGAUUUGAGCCAGGCCUGGUGACACUGACCGCGGUUGUGAAUUUGCUCGGGAGGCAGGGGAGAAUUGGUGACGUGGCGGAGCUGAUAAGGGAGAUGGAACAGAAGGGUAUGGUGGGUGAUGCGAUGUUCUAUAGCAGCUUGGUUCAUGGAUACAUGAGCAGUGGCCUGUUGAUGGAAGGGUUCCGGGAGCAUCGGCUGAUGUUAGACAAGGGUGUUGCAGCUGAUGUGGUUAAUUACACUAUUGUUAUUGAUGGGAUGUGUAGAGAAGGUAGUGUGGAGAAAGUGAAGGGGUUCAUAGAUGAGAUGGAGCGACGGGGUGCUAAGCUGAAUUUGAUCACUUAUACAUCACUUGUUGGUGGUUACUGCAAGAGGAAUAGGCUAGAGGACGCCUUUUCCAUAGUGAGGAAACUUGAACAAACAGGUCUAGUGGUGGAUGAGUAUGUAUAUUCAAUUUUAAUUGACAGUUUGUGUAGAAAGGGGGAUUUGGAUAAGGCUAUCUCUUUGCUUGGAGAGAUGGAGAGCAAGGGGGUAAAAGCUGGGGCAGUGACAUACAAUGCAGUAAUAAAUGGUUUGUGUAAGGCUGGUGAAACUACCAAGGCCACGGAAAUGUCUGAAGGUGUUGCUGCUGAUAAUUUCACAUAUAGCACACUGUUACACGGUUACAUUAAGCAAGAGGAUACGGCCGGCGUUAUGGCGAUAAAGGCUAGGCUUGAGAGUAGUGGGAUUGCACAUGAUGUUGUCACAUGCAAUGUACUUAUCAAAGCAUUGUUUAUGAUCAACAAGGUGGAUGAUGCCUGCAGCUUGUUUCAUAGAAUGCGCGAUAUGGGCUUAAGCCCUAAUAUCGUCACCUAUCAUACCCUCAUAGACAUGUUAUGUAAACUUGGGGAUUUUGACAGAGCAGUUGAGUUGUUUGAUGAGUACAAGAAAGAUACAUCAUUCUCCAGUACUGUUGUUCACAAUGGCCUGAUUGGGGCACUAUGUAAUGGAGGAAAGGUCACCAUUGCCGAUCGAGUCUUCUAUGAUCUUAUUCAUAGAAAACUAAGGCCUGAUUCCUGUACUUACAGGAAGUUGAUUCAUGCAAAUUUCAAAGAAGGUGGUGAACAAGGUGUGCUGAAUUUCAUUCGUAAGAUGGAUGAAUUAGGAAUGGAAUUGUUUUCAUCUGUUUGCAAUUAUGCUUCUGAUUUCUUAAGCACCAGGGAUUGUUGCCAGGCAGCAUUAUAUGUUUACAAGAUACUCAGAACACAAGCCUUUGCUGUAUCUAGCAAAACAUUCUACAAGCUACUCAAGAGCUUACUCCGCAAUGGAAAUGAACAGGUUGUAGAACCAUUGUUAAGUGAGUUCAUUAAGAUUCAUGGCCUGCAUGAACCUAGAAUGAUUAAUAUGCUAUCUUGUCACCUCAGCAAGAAGGGUGUUGGUGAAGCUAUUUGGUUUUCAAGUAACAUGAACAGUGGCAGCAUUCCUAUCAGUGUUCUAAGAGGAGCUGUCUUUGCACUGAAGAAAGAAGGUGAAGUUCUGGAUGCAUAUAGUUUUCUCAAGGAAGCUGAACAAAGUGGGUUUCCAGUGGAUCUUGCCAUGUACUCUAUAGUAGUAGAGGGCCUCUGCAAAGGUGGUUAUCUUGAGAAGGCAUUAGAUUUGUGUGAAAGCAUGAAAAGAGAAGGGAUUCAUCCAACCAUUAUCAUCCACAACUCUGUUCUCAGUGGUUUGUGCCAGCACGGAUGCUUUACUGAAGCAUUCAGGCUCUUUGAUUACUUAGAAAGAAGCGACAUUCUUCCAACAAUGAUAACUUACACUAUACUUAUAGGUGCUUUGUGCAGAGAAGGUUUCUUAGAUGAUGCAUAUGAACUGUUUCAGAAAAUGUCCAACAAAGGUAUCACGCCCACUACCCGUGUUUACAACAUGCUAAUAAGUGGUUACUGUAACUAUGGUUUAGCUGAAAAAGCGGUUGAGGUUAUGUCUCAUUUUGAGGAACCUUGUCUACAUCCGGAUGCUUUUACACUUGGUGCAGUCAUUAGUGGACAUUGUAUGAAAGGUGACACUGAAGCUGCGUUAGGCUUCUUUAAUGAAUACCAUUGUAAGGAGAUGGCCCCCGAUUUUGUUGGAUUUAUGAGCCUGAUCAAAGGGCUCUAUGCAAAAGGAAGGAUGGAAGAGUCCAGAGGCAUCUUGAGGGAGAUGUUUCAGUCCAAACAAAUUGUCGAGCUAAUAAACAACGUAGGAUAUGAGGUGGAAACAGAAUCUCUUGUUGCUCUUCUGUCUUCUGCAUGUGAGGAAGGGAAGAUCGAUGAGGUUGUGACUAUCCUAAGUGAAGUGAGACUCAUGUCUGUAUCCUCUUCAGAUUCUAAUAGUUCUAAUACACUUGCUCACCUAAAGAAGCUGCAGAGAACUGAUGAUGCUUGUGAUCCUAGAACAGAUUCAAAACAAGUUCUAAGUCCAGCCAUUUUUGAUGCUUCCAGCAAGUGCCUCCACGGAAAUUCCCAAGGCACAUUGCAACCCAUGACACGGAGAACUGAUAGUUUAUGCACAGCAAGUGAUAAUACUGAUAUCGACAAUGGUAAUUUGCUAGGGAAGUCUUUCUGUGACGACUUUGACACAUAUUAUCCUGCUAUUGCUUCCCUUUGCUCGAAAGGGGAGCUGGUUAAGGCCAAUAAGGUAAUUGAAGCAAUGAUUCGGAAUUCUGGUUAAGUUUGGUAACUGGUGCAAUCUGUUAGGAAAGUUCUUCUGGCCCAGGGUAUCAUCUUCUGUAAACAAAGCAACUCUCGUGAAGCAAACAUGUGUCGAAAAAUUGACCAUCCUGACAGUUGGCAACAGAAGGGUUUGCAAAGGUGGAAUUAACUGCAACAUCAACGUGCGCCAAUUGAAUUGAGAGCCCUGACUAUCCACAGGUUCUAACACUUAAGAGGGCUCUGCUGGUGAACACAUGGGCAUGAGAAAGGAGGAAACCAGUGGCACUUCUUCGCGCAGGAAAUUCACUUAAACGACUGAUCAGAUCAAUCGAGGGUAGUAAACUACUAGAAGAGCUACCAGGCUGGGUGAUAAAAAAACACUGCGCUAGAGAAAAGGGUGCAAACAGAAAGCUUGUAAGAGCAAUGGACUUGCAGAUGAUAAAUCUUGAAUUCAGCUCAGCUGGAGUACCACGACAGCUGUUGAACAAUAGGUGGAUGUGUUCCAUGAGUAGAAUUUGGGAGUCAGAACUUGGUCAAAGGAGAUGUGCGAUAUUGUACCAACUUUGGAGGCACAGGAUGCGUGAUGAAUCUGCGUUAGGUACUUGCAUGGCCUACAUUGAUUGAUGCCGGGAGCAGGUUCCUGGAAGUACUUUCAACUGUUCCUAAGUUUUGUCACUGGGCCCAGCAGCCUUGUUUCUCUGCACAGCACAUAACAGUGGCUGUUUCUUGAAGAAAACAACAGCGUGGUUGUUACUGCCAGAGAGUCAGAGUUUCAGGGACUUUGCAUAUGACUUGCAGGUAUGCUUAUGCUACGCGUGUGUGUGGGGGGACCGUUUUCUGGUUUAGAAAGAAAAGUACAUAAAUGUGGAGGCCAAUUUGUGACCUAGCACUGUCAUAUAUUCUUUUUUUUGCAAAUUAAUAUCCUAGCUAAACUAACAUAGACAGAAUGAGCAUAAAGAAAAUUCAUAGGAGCUAGGAGUUUUCAAGUUCGUAUCUAGCAGUGUUUUACAUUGUGUCGAUGUUGAACACGGGAUUCCUCCCCUUGGCAUGUAUCUCUACUGCUAAAAAACCUUGCGAGGAAACUAAAGCGACAUAGGCAAGGGUACCUGCUCAUUUGACUUCUGCUUUGUUAGGAGGAUCCUGAGUCAUAAUUGUUUCCUGUUCCCCUUUCUCCCGAUUCUCCUCCUACAAUCAACUCUUAACACCACACCAAUCAUGCUUACUGUAGAAGUAAAAGGCAAAUCUUGAACAGGUCCCACAUGUUUCUUAGAAGUUAACUAACACAGAUUUUCCAAUGUAAUUGGCCAAUGAUUUCUUACAACUUGUUCCCUGAAUAAAGGACUUUGCAACUUAAUAAUGAUUGAUUAGAGAGUGCCUUAAUGUAUUGUCUGAUCUUCACUUUACCAACCCCGGUCUGCUUAAGCAAGCUUUUGUAAAAAGAAAACAUCAUUAAGCAAAGCUCUUUCAAAGUACUCUGUUUUCUAUCAUUAUCAUAUUUGGCUUCCCUAGGUUACUUGACAGUUUUAGUAGGUGAAAUCUACCUUUCUUGAUGUUAAACAUACUUGGUUAAGCAUGGAAGACUUUUGACCUGUGUUAUGAAAAAGGGCAAGUAUUUAAUCAGAUACAUUAGCAUAGACGCCUUGCUGAUCUUCGUUAUCAUAAAAGUAGGUUAUACUGGUAGCCAAGUUGAUUACUGCUUUUGUUGAAUAUCGGAGAAGGCCCUUAGCUUCCAAGACAUGGUUAACAUUUAUUUUCAUGCUUUUCCUUUUCAUUUUUGUGAAGUGUAGUUGGCUCGCCUAAAAAAGAGCAAUGUGCUUCUGGAAACUAGCACCUUAUGCAAUGUGCUUUGUGAAUAUUUGACACCAUUGUCGCAUAUCUGCUAUGCCAAGUUUCAUUCCGUAGAAAAGAAGGUAAAAGUAAAAAAAAAGAGUAAAUUAGGAGAAAAA